AUGGCUGACGCAGCGGCAAGACAGCUGCAGUACGAGUACAAGGCGAACUCCAAUUUGGUGCUGCAAGCGGAUGUGCGGCUUAUCGAGCGUCCGCGGCGUGAUGAAGCGACCGGUGAGGUGAUAUCGCUCGUCGGCAAGCUCGACGGAACCCGGAUGGGUGACCGGGCGCAACGCAGCAAACCGGAAAAGACGCAGGAGCGGAAAGCGAAGCGACAGAAGCGUGACGAGGCACAGUACGACUUUAACAGCAUGAAGGGCGCCACGCUGCUGUCGGAGGGCAUUGAUGAAAUGGUCGGCAUCGUGUAUCGGCCGAAAACGCAGGAGACGCGCCAAACGUACGAGGUGCUGCUGAGCUUCAUCCAGGAAGCGAUCGGCGAUCAACCGCGUGACAUUUUGCGCGGUGCGGCGGACGAAAUUUUGGCCGUUCUGAAGAACGAUCGGAUGAAGGAACGCGAAAAGAAGCGCGAGAUCGAUGGACUGUUGGGAAGCGUGACGGAUGAACGGUUCGCGUUGCUCGUGAAUCUCGGGAAAAAGAUCACCGAUUUCGGCUCGGAAGCGGCCAGUGCCAUCGGUGCCGUGGGUCAGGCGGGUCCGGGUGGUGAUGAGCAGAUCGACGAAACGUACGGCAUCAACGUGCGGUUCGAGGAGUCGGAAGAGGAAUCGGACGAGGACAAGUACGGUGAGGUGCGCGAGGACGACGGGCAGGACGAGGGCGAAGAGGCCCGUGAUGAUGGUAUUCUGCACGCGGAAAACCUGGGCGGUGGGGACGAUGCGAACAAGAAGGAGAAGGCACUGGACCCGCGCGACAUUGACGCUCACUGGUUGCAGCGGUGCCUGCGGAAGUACUACAACGAUUCGAUGAUGUCGCAGGCGAAGGCCCUCGAAGUGCUGAGCGUGCUGAAGGAGUCGGGCGACGAUCGGGAGUGCGAAAAUCAGCUCGUGCUGUUGCUAGGCUACGAUUGCUUUGAUUUCAUCAAACUGCUCAAAAAGAACCGCCAGAUGGUGCUGUACUGUACGAUGCUGGCCCAGUCGCAGAGUGAAAGCGAUCGGGCCAAGCUGCGCGAACGCAUGAGGUCCGACGCGGCACUGGCCAAGAUUCUGCGCCAGCUCGAUACGGGCAAGCAGGAAGCGCAGGACGGUGCGUACGCGGCAGUGGCACACGAAGACUCGAAAACAAUGGCGGCGGUGAACGGCGGUGGUGUCAGAGGACAAAUUGCCGGCAACCGUACGGUGCUCGAGCUGGAUGAGCUGGCGUUCACGCAGGGAUCGCACCUGAUGGCCAACAAGCGCUGCCAGCUGCCGGACGGAUCGUUCCGCAAGCAGCGCAAAGGCUACGAAGAGGUGCACGUUCCGGCCCUGAAGCCCCGCCCGUUCGAUGACGAUGAAGAGCUGAUCACAAUCGAAAAGCUCCCGAAGUACGUGCAGCCCGUGUUUAGCGGCUUCAAGACACUGAACCGCAUCCAGAGUCGCCUGUAUCGGAGCGCGCUCGAAAGCGACGAGAAUCUGCUGCUGUGCGCACCAACCGGAGCCGGUAAGACGAACGUGGCGCUGCUCACGAUGAUGCGCGAGAUCGGCAAGCACAUCAACGACGAUGGGACGAUCAACGUGGACGAGUUCAAGAUCAUUUACGUGGCGCCGAUGCGAUCGCUCGUACAGGAGAUGGUCGGCAACUUUGGGCGCCGGCUGGCCACGUACAACCUGACCGUGUCCGAGCUGACCGGUGACCAUCAGCUGAGCCGCGAGCAGAUUGCCGCCACGCAGGUGAUCGUGUGUACGCCGGAAAAGUGGGACAUUAUCACGCGCAAGGGUGGCGAAAAGACGUACACGCAGUACGUGCGGUUGGUGAUCAUCGACGAGAUUCACCUGCUCCACGACGAGCGCGGCCCGGUGCUGGAGGCACUGGUUGCGCGCACGAUCCGCAACAUCGAAACGACGCAGGAGGACGUGCGGCUGGUCGGGUUGUCGGCUACGCUGCCCAACUACCAGGACGUGGCCACGUUUUUGCGUGUCCGGCCCGAGACGGGCCUGUUUUACUUCGACAACAGCUACCGGCCGGUGGCGCUCGAGCAGCAGUACAUCGGUGUGACGGAGAAGAAGGCCCUCAAGCGGUUCCAGGUGAUGAACGACAUCGUGUACGAGAAGGUGAUGGAGCACGCGGGCCGCAACCAGGUGCUGGUGUUUGUGCACUCGCGCAAAGAGACGGGCAAAACGGCACGCGCCAUCCGCGACAUGUGCCUGGAGAAGGACACGCUCGGUUCGUUCUUGCGCGAAGGCUCGGCCAGCAUGGAGGUGCUCCGGUCGGAAGCGGACCAGGUGAAGAACCAGGAGCUGAAGGACCUGCUGCCGUACGGGUUCGCGAUCCAUCACGCCGGCAUGACGCGCGUCGAUCGUACGCUGGUCGAGGAUCUGUUUGCCGAUCGGCACAUUCAGGUGCUCGUCUCGACCGCCACCCUGGCGUGGGGUGUGAAUCUGCCGGCGCACACCGUCAUCAUCAAGGGCACGCAGGUGUACAACCCGGAGAAGGGCCGCUGGGUCGAGCUCGGGGCACUCGACGUGCUGCAGAUGUUGGGCCGUGCCGGACGCCCGCAGUACGACACGAAGGGCGAAGGCAUUCUGAUCACGAACCACAGCGAGCUACAGUACUAUCUGUCGCUGUUGAACCAACAGCUACCGAUCGAAUCGCAGCUCAUCACGAAGCUGCCCGACAUGCUGAACGCCGAGAUCGUGCUCGGUACGGUACAAAACGUAAAGGACGCCGUGACGUGGCUCGGUUACACGUACCUCUACAUCCGCAUGCUCCGCCAGCCAACGCUGUACGGUGUAUCGAUCGAUGCCGUACAGGACGAUGCCCUGUUGGAGCAGUUUCGGGCCGAUCUGGUGCACACGGCUGCCCUGCACUUGGAGCGCAGCGGUCUGGUGAAGUACGAUCGCAAGAGUGGCCACCUGCAGGUGACGGAAGUGGGCCGAAUUGCGUCGCACUAUUACUGCACGCACGAAACGAUGCUCACGUACCAUCAGCUGCUGAAGCCGACGCUCAGCGAAAUCGAACUGUUCCGUGUGUUCUCGCUGUCGGGCGAGUUCCGCAACAUUACGGUGCGCGAGGAGGAAAAGCUGGAGCUGCAGAAGCUGAUGGAGCGCGUACCGAUUCCGAUCAAGGAGAGCAUCGAGGAGCCGAGCGCCAAGGUGAACGUGUUGCUGCAGGCGUACAUCUCGCAGCUUCGGCUCGACGGGUUCGCCCUGAUGGCCGAUAUGGUGUACGUGACACAGUCGGCCUCGCGGCUGCUGCGGGCGAUCUUCGAGAUCGUCCUGCACCGUGGCUGGGCUCAGCUGGCCGACAAGUGUCUGACGCUGUGCAAAAUGAUCGAUCGCCGCAUGUGGCAAAGUAUGUCCCCGUUGCGGCAGUUCCGCAAGAUGCCGGAGGAGAUUGUGAAGAAGAUCGAAAAGAAGAGCUUCCCCUGGGAGCGGCUGUACGAUCUGGAGGCGAACGAAAUCGGCGAACUGAUCCGUGUGCCGAAGCUGGGCAAAACCAUCUACCGGUUCAUCCACCAGUUCCCGAAGCUCGAGCUGUCGACCCACAUCCAGCCGAUCACGCGCUCGACGCUGCGGGUCGAGCUGACCAUCACGCCCGACUUCCAGUGGGACGAGAAGGUGCACGGCCAGUCGGAAGCGUUCUGGAUUCUGGUGGAGGACGUCGACUCGGAGGUGAUCCUCCAUCACGAGUACUUCCUGCUGAAGGCCAAGUACUGCACCGACGAUCACCUGGUGAAGUUCUUCGUGCCCGUGUUUGAGCCCCUGCCACCGCAGUAUUUCCUGCGGAUCGUAUCCGAUCGGUGGAUUGGGGCCGAAACGCAGUUACCCGUCUCGUUCCGCCAUCUGAUCCUGCCCGAGAAGAACCUACCGCCGACGGAGCUGCUCGAUCUGCAGCCCUUGCCGAUCAGUGCCCUGCGCGAGGGCUCGUUUGAGGCACUGUACGCGGAUCGCUUUCCACAGUUUAAUCCCAUCCAGACGCAGGUGUUCAAUGCGGUGUACAACAGUGAGGACAACGUGUUUGUCGGGGCACCGACCGGGUCGGGCAAAACGACGAUCGCCGAAUUUGCGGUACUCCGCUUGCUGGCCCAAAAUCCGGCCGGCCGGGUCGUGUACCUGGUGGCAAAGGAUGCGCUGGCCGAGCUCGUGUUUCACGAGUGGCACCAACGGUUCGGCCAGUCGUCGCUCGGCUGCAAGGUGGUCCGGCUGACGGGUGAAACCGGCACCGAUCUGAAGCUGAUCGCGAAGGGUCAGAUCAUUGUGACGACGGCCGACAAGUGGGACGUCCUGUCGCGGCGCUGGAAGCAACGGAAGAACGUCCAGAACGUGCAGCUGUUUAUCGUCGACGAACUGCAGCUGAUCGGGGGCGAGGACGGACCGGUGCUGGAGGUGGUCUGCUCGCGGAUGCGUUACAUCUCGUCGCAGAUCGAGAAACCGAUUCGCAUCGUGGCCCUGUCGGCCUCGUUGGCUGACGCACGCGACAUCGCACAGUGGCUCGGUUGCAGCACCAAUGCGACCUUCAAUUUCCACCCCUCGGUCCGUCCGAUUCCACUCGAGCUGCACGUCCAGGGGCUCAACAUAACGCACAAUGCGUCGCGCAUUGCGGCCAUGUCGAAACCGGUGUACAAUGCCAUCAGCAAAUUUAGCCCGCAUAAGCCGGUGAUUGUGUUUGUCACUUCCCGGAAGCUGGCCCGUUUGACGGCGAUCGACGUGCUGACGUACUGUGCGGCGGAACUGCAACCGAACCGGUUUUUCCACGCCGAAGAGGACGACAUCAAACCGUUCCUGGACCGGAUGUCGGACAAAACGCUCAAGGAGACGCUCUCGCAGGGUGUGGCCUAUAUGCACGAGGGCCUCACAGCGUCCGAUCAGCGGAUGGUGGAGCAGCUGUUCGAUUCGGGCGCGGUGCAGAUCGCGAUCUGUACGCGCGAUCUGUGCUGGGGGCUCAACAUCAGUGCCCACCUGGUGGUCAUCAUGGACACGCAGUACUACAACGGGCGGAGCCACUCGUACGACGAUUAUCCGAUCACGGACGUGAUGCAGAUGGUGGCGCGCGCCAACCGGCCGCUCGAGGACGACGAUGCCAAGGCGGUGCUGAUGUGCCAGAGCUCGAAGAAGGACUUUUACAAAAAGUUUCUCAACGAACCGCUACCGGUCGAGAGUCAUCUCGAUCACCGGAUGCAUGAUCACUUCAACGCCGAGAUUGUCACGAAGACGAUCGAGAACAAGCAGGAUGCGGUGGACUAUCUGACCUGGACGUUUCUGUACCGGCGGUUGACCCAGAACCCGAACUACUACAACCUGCAGGGUGUCACGCAUCGUCACCUGUCCGAUCAUCUGUCGGAGCUGGUCGAGACGACGCUCUCGGAUCUCGAACAGUCCAAGUGUAUCGGCGUGGAGGACGAAAUGGACACGCUCCCGCUGAACCUGGGCAUGAUUGCGGCCUACUAUUACAUCAACUACACGACGAUCGAGCUGUUCAGUUUGUCGCUCAACAGCAAGACCAAGAUCCGAGGGCUGCUGGAGAUCAUCUCGUCGGCGGCCGAGUACGAGGAUCUGAUCGUGCGCCACCACGAGGACAACAUUCUGCGCAGUCUCGGCGUCCGGUUGCCGAACAAACUGACCGGCCCGAACGGGACCGCCCCGAAGUUUAAUGAUCCGCACAUCAAAACGAAUCUGCUGCUGCAGGCGCACCUGUCCCGGUUGCAGCUCGGGGCCGAGCUGCAGGGCGACACAGAGCAGAUCCUGGGCAAAGCGAUCCGCCUCGUGCAGGCGUGCGUCGAUGUGCUGUCGUCGAACGGGUGGCUGUCGCCGGCCGUGGCCGCCAUGGAGCUGGCCCAGAUGGUCACGCAGGCGAUGUGGAGCAAAGACUCGUACCUGAAGCAGCUGCCACACUUUGGCGCCGACAUUAUCAAGCGCUGCCAGGAGAAGGGCAUCGAGACGGUGUUCGACAUCAUGGAGCUGGACGAUGACGAUCGGUCGCGCCUGCUGCAGCUCACCGAUCAGCAGAUGUCGGAUGUGGCCCGGUUCUGCAACCGCUACCCGAACAUCGAGCUGACGUUCGAGGUGCUCGACAAGGACCGGAUCCACUCGGGCUCGUCGGUGAACGUGGCCGUCAAUUUGGAACGCGAGGACGACGUUACUGGCCCCGUGAUCGCACCAUUCUUUCCGCAGAAACGCGAGGAAGGCUGGUGGGUGGUGAUCGGUGAUCCUAAGACGAACUCGCUGCUCUCGAUCAAGCGGCUGACGCUGCAGCAGAAGGCGAAGGUGAAGCUGAACUUUGUCGCGCCCAGCCCGGGCCACCACGAGUACACGCUGUACUACAUGAGCGAUUCGUACCUGGGCUGCGAUCAGGAGUACAAAUUCUCCAUCAACGUCGGUGACUUCCAGUCGGAGAGUGAAAGUGAAUCGGAUUAGGAACCGCACGUGGGCAGAAUUUAUCGUUCGA